AUGGCGCCUAACGAGGCUCUGUCGGAGACUCUCUCGUCCGUCACCAACAUCAAGCUUGCUGAGAUUUCUAAGCAACGAGACAUGUUCGAGAAGACCAAAGCGGAACUACUGAAACAGGCCGCCGCAGAGCCCAUGCUCCGAGAUAAGGCCACCAUCCUUCUGGAAGGAGUGAAGAAGCUGGUGCUUUCGGGCGAGAUAAAGGCAAACCCAAACAUAUCCCUGACCAACAUUGACAAAUUCCUCAAGCAGGCCCAGUACGACCUCUCGGUAUCUCGCAAGCUUCUCCAACAGCGGCAGGACAAGCUUGUCAACGAGCUCAACGUUCAUUCACUGAAGUUCGAUUAUGCUUGCCUAUGUGGUCGUCUUGUAGAAGAAUGUCUUUCAGCCUCUUCGCAGAGUCUCAAGGCACCUUCAAAGUCCGAUUUUGGGUUUGAGACAUUGGCAGAAACGGAUUUGCUGGACCAGAGAAUAAAGUGGGAGGCACUGGCAUUCGCUCCCUUUCCUACGGAUACAAUUGCUCUGCAAACAUACCUCAAUCGGCUCUUCAACCAAUUCCCAGUCAUCACAAAGGCGUAG